UGUCUGAUGUGAUUUGUUUGCGAGCCUACGUAGAGGUUGGGCGAUAAGAAGAGAUACAGGGAGAGAUUCGGGUUACAGUAGAAGAAGUUCCGAGUUAACGGCACACAUUACAGUCAACGGAGGAACAAAAAGAGCUUCGAUGUAUAUGUCUAUGACCUAACACGCCUCGGCAAUUAGUUUAAUGUUAAGUUUUGGUGUUUGAUUUCUUCUACCUGCUUGAGUAUCCGCAUCAAGCCCCGUGCUCCGGGAGGAUAUAAUACUUUUUUUCUUUGAGAAGUAUCGUUAUAUAAACGAGUUCCAGAGGUUAAUUAAUGGUGAGAGUUUUAAGGAAAGGGGCUACUUCUUGGCAAGUAAGGCUUCUAGCGCCGUGGAUGAUAAGCAGUCGAAGUGAAUAUUACAAUUAAUUACGGAUUAAUAAGGAGAGGCCAUGUGAUUCGGGAUUAGCGUUUGAAGAUCACGGACCCAGCCUUCCAGCUUUCCGCACACGUUUUUGCAGUAAUUAUCGAGAGAGUGCUUUAUCGCCGUUUUUUCAUAAUAAUUCAUCUCCAAUAUAAAUAUAAUAUAGAUAAGAUAUAUCCGACAUUCCUCUACAACAAUCGGAGGCACUUGAAGUUGUUACGUGAUGAGUGCGCGGGCACAUAUUCGUAUUUACGGAAAUAACUGUUCCAUACUAUAGUUAUAAGUCAUGGGGCAUUAAGGUCGUGAUAUUGGUGAAAAACAAAACUUAAAAAAAAAACACCAAAAAAUAUAACUAUGGAUGGAGUUUUAAGAGUGAAAACAAUUUGUGUGACAUUGGUGCUAUGGAUUUCUGCCUGUGUUUUGGUCUUCGCCGAUGUUGGACUUAUACCAGGGCCAAUUGUCACCAAGGCCCAGUGUCGGGCCAAAUGUCUGCAAGAGUUACUGAGAUCUCCAUUUGAUGACAAAUCUUGCUUCAGGAGAAAAAGUUGUGAUGUGUGUUGGAAUAUGUGUGAAAAUAUCAUCAUUACACCCGAAAUAUUUUCAGAAAUCUGCAACAAUGAGGAUUACUGCCAAAGGGGUUGCCAGAUAGCAUGCAGCUUCAACAAAACAAAAGUACCAUCAUCCAUAAGUUGGAGCUUUGGCAUGGAACCAGCUGUGAUGAAUUUUAAAAAGACACAGAACACAGAAAUUGCAUGGGAGACUCCUACGUCUGAACAAGCAUCUGGAUUAAAGCAAGCUUUUGUGUAUAUUCUCAUGGCGAAGGAGCCCGUUGGUAAUCCCAGGAGUAGGACUUGGACAGAAGUCACACAGACAGCAUCUAAACAAGUAGUGUUGAAGAAAGAGGUGCUGCUCCACAGUUCAGAGUUUUGGUUGAUUGCUGUAACGGAGAAUGGGACAGCCACGGAAGCUCAUUUUGAAAAUAAAGAAACUAUAGUCAAAGGAGUAAAGUACCCAUCAUCGUCAUCUCUCACAGACUACACAACCCAUGGCUCCUCAAAAGGCACCACAAUUCAGGUCAAUUUCACCAUUGAGGAGGACCCAAGGGACACCACCCUGUCAGUGUUGUUAGAGUGGUCAGACCCUCCCCUCCCCCUGAGGGAGGUGGAUGCCUACAAAGUGACCUGGUUUAUGGAGAACUGCGAAGUGUGGGAGAGGUCACCCCCCUGUAGUAUUCCUGCCGACCAUUUUGCUCACACUGUAUUUUAUUCCAAAGACAAAAAGUCAUCAUAUAGGAUAAAUUCUCUUAUGUACAAUACUGAGUACAAUGUCAAGGUCGAACUUCAACAAGCCAAUCAGAGGACCAGCACUGAAUGGGUAGGAGAAGUUGAUUUCAAAACGGAUCUAUGUGAAGAAGUUGAUGAACAGACUUAUACCAAGUGUAAAAUAGGUCUUAACCCUGAUGAAACAGUCCCAGAAACCCCCAUAGUGGAAGAAAAAGAAGAAAGAGAUCCAUUUGUGUGGUACCUCACUCUAAAGAACAUGACUUAUGACAAGAUCACACAUAGAGUAACGGCUAACAUUUCAUGGACUGUGCCAUUUAACACGUCACACAUCAAAAACUACGCAGUGGCUUGGGAAGUCGUGAACAAUGAUUCCAACAAUAGAAAUUCAGCUGGCUAUGAAAACCACAUCACAACACAGAUGUACCACGUCAUUUCUUUGGCCCCAAAUAAAGAAUACCAAGUCUCGGUUGUUGCUGUUUUCAAUAACAAGAAAGGGGACAUUGAGAGUAGCUUUGGAAGCAGCAUGAGCGAGAAGCUGAUCCUCAACACAUCCUGGUACAAAUCUAUGCCGGAGACUCCCAGGACUGGGAUGAGUAGAGACACCUCCAUAGUGCAGUCGCAGAAGAAAGGGGUCAUGGAUCAGGUGAUAUAUGGGGUGGUGAUGUUCUGCAGCAUCUGCCUGCUGGGACUCAUCAUGCUGUUUGUCUACAAGAAACGCCAUAGCUUCAAGGACAUCAUUAUCACCAAGACAGCCGUCGCCAAGAGCAACAGCUACAAAUCCAACGUCGGAUGUAAGGUUGAUUACUCCAACCAAUUGUUGGUGAUCAGUGACGAGUGGGAGCUGGAUCCUCGCCUCCUCAAAUUCAGCAGUCCCAUUGGUCAGGGGGCUUUUGGGAAAGUGGUGACUGGUUACUAUGAGAACCAAAGAGUAGCCAUUAAACUCAUCAGAGAUAGUGCACCAUUAUCCUACAAGGAAGAUCUUUUGGCUGAAAUCAACCUGAUGAAAAAAAUUGGUUCCCAUCCCAACAUUGUAUCAAUGUCCGGAGCCUGCACCCUAUCCGAACCUAUUGCGCUUGUAAUGGAAUAUGUUCCAUAUGGAAAUCUGCAAAACUUUCUCAAAAAAUGUCGUUUGGAAGGAGAUUUCUUGAAGAGAAUUGGCCGCCCAAGCGAGGUUGUGUACUCGCUGAUGGAUGAAAAUGGUGGCAUCGACAGUGGUGUGAUAACCCCUGCUGACAUGCUGUCAUUCGCAAGACAAGUUGCCAUGGCAAUGGAGUAUCUGGCGGCCAAGAAAUAUGUUCACCGUGACUUAGCGGCCAGGAAUGUGCUGUUAGGGUACAACAAAGUGGUGAAAGUCUGUGACUUUGGCCUGUCUCGAGACAUCUACAACGACAACCAGUACCACAAAAUCACCAGCGGCAAGCUGCCACUGAAAUGGAUGGCCAUCGAGUCACUAAGGGACCGCAUCUUCACCACUCAGAGUGAUGUCUGGUCCUUCGGUAUUCUGAUGUGGGAGAUCAUCACCAUGGGUGGCUCUCCGUACCCAAACAUUGCUCUAGCCGAUCUUUACUAUGUUCUGGCCAAUGGAUACAGAAUGGAAAAACCCAGUAAUUGUUCAUCAGAGUUGUACACCAUUAUGCGCCAGUGUUGGAUUGAAGUUCCUACUGACCGCCCCAAUUUUACAGACUUAAGAGUUCAGAUAGAACAACUAUUGUCCAGAGACAGAAACUAUUUAGAUCUAGACAACAUAGAUGCUCCCUUGUCAACAUCAGAGAGUAGUAGUUCCCCAAAAUCAGAUGACUCGGACACUAUGUCCCUGAUUAACUCCAAACCGUUAGUACAUAGAGUGAUUCCUGGGCAGUCGUCAUGGAAACAGGAAACCAGUUCACCGGGAACCAGUCGAUCUGUGCCUCAAAAAACAGUUACCAUAGCUACAGACCCUGUGACUGUAGUGUGUAUUGAGAAUUCAGAUCAGUGGAGCUCAUCAUAAUCUUCGAAUAACAUUGUUUUCAUUAUUUCCUAAUGAUGAAGAAUACAUGUACAUUAAAACAAUAUAGCCAGUCUGGGCAUCAAAUUGCACAAUAGGGAAUACAUGUGAAAUACUGACAAGUCCUAAACAUGUGAAAUCUUUUGACUGUUGCAGAUUUGCAUAAAGUGACCCAUGCUCAAUAUUGUGCAGUGAAUGUAGAGGACUGUGAUAGCACAGACAAUGAAUGUGCUGUGCAAGCACUAUAUUCUGUGCACAGGCUUCAAGCCAGUGUCAUUUGUGCAGUGAGAUUAAAUACUGAUGAGGUUUGCUGUGAUUCAUGAUUUCAAUGAACAAUUUGUUGUUUAAUUUUGUUGAUUGACAAUGUAGAUCUGUAAAUGUUUAUAUAUUUAUAUUUUACAGUAGAAAUAUUUAUUAUGAAGCUGUGGGGAGUGUUCCUCACUUGAUGUUUGAGAUUUUACAUGACAUAGGGCCAGUAUAUGUAAUAAAAUGCAUUGUCUUCA